GUUCCAUGUGUAGCUGUUAGCUCGAUCAUUCAUUCGUGAAAGGACAACUUCAGAAGCUAUUUUUAUUUUUCAUGCAGCACGGCCAUCACUGUAUUUUUACAAUACGAUCAUUUAUAAUACUGCAAAAAUAAAACAAAGACGAAACAGCAGCUACAGUAGCUCUAGCGAGCUAACAUAGAAAAUAUAAAUCUGAUUUUAGGACGUCUGAGCCGUAGCGCGUCAACAUCCCCAGUGCGCUCUCUGGAUGAAAAGUGCAGUGGACACAAGUAUGAUCAAAGAGAACCGGUGGAACAUCCCUCCCAACGCUCCAGCGUGCAUGGAGAAGCAUCUGUGCGCGGCGGAAUACAGAGCAGAUGGCACCCUGCUGCUUGGUGCCUCCAGCCUCUCUGGCAGGAGCUGGCAGGGAUCUGUGUGGAUCUACAGCGACCCUGAGCAGGCCCCCAAUGAGGGCUUCUGCAAAGCCGGUGUGCAAACUGAGGCUGGUGUCACAGAUGUCAAGUGGGUGUCUGAGAAAGGAGUUGUCGUGGCAUCAGAUUCAGGUGCCUUGGAGCUCUGGGAACUGGCAGAGGACGAGCGCCUGCUGGUGAAUCGGUUUACCAAACACGACCAUGACCAUAUUGUCACCACAGUGAGCCCUGUAUUCGGAGCAAACAGUGCCAUCACUGGCAGCAUGGACUGCAAGAUUAAAGUGUGGGAUCUCAGCCAGGAAACAGUCGUCACUACUUACAGCGUGCACUCACAGCCUGUCAGCUGCGUUGCCUGCAGUCCCACAGAGGAUUCUCUCUUCAUCUCCUGUGGCCAAGACGGCCGUGUGUUAAUGUGGGACAGGAGGAAGCCAAACAAACCUGCCUCAAGAAUAGAUGUGGAGUCCCCCUGCUGCUCCCCCACCACUGUCGCGUGGCACCCCCACCACAGAAGCACCAUUGCUUUCGGUGACGAGCUGGGCAGAGUGACUGUGACAGAUUUCUUGGGAACAGAACCGGCCCGGGUGGAGAACGUUCACAGCCGCAGAGUCAACAGUCUCGCUUUUUCCACACAGAGUGCCUCCUUGCUCGCCUCCGUUAGUGACGACUGUUCUGUCGCUGUUCUAAACUCUGACCUGAACGAAAUACACAGAGAUCGGCGACACCAGGACUUUGUGAAAGGAGUGUGUUGGCUGCAUGGCAGCUCCACCAGCCUCACAACGGUGGGCUGGGAUCAUCUUGUGCUUCACCACACCGUGGGUUCAGCUGCUGGCGCUCCCGACUCCUCCUCUUAGAGAUCCGGCACAAUCUGUAAUCACUACUUUCCCUCUUGUUCCUGAAGUGUGUCCACGAGUAGCUGGAAAGUUAUUUGUUGUAUGUCUUUCAGGAAAUAUAGAUUGAAGCUUCUCGUUGUCAUUCAGCGCUCCAGAUAUGUGCACAGUAUUUGGACUUCUGCUCUCCCGGUCUGGCCUCGGACUCCGGCCUCUAUCCACAUCUUUCAUACUGUAUAGACUGUAUAGCGUUUCCAUGUGUUUUUACAUUUGAGGCAAUUGUACUGGAUAAUUUUACAUUAACGAUAACUUAGUGUUGUAAUAGCAAGAGCACGUUUCUUUGUGUUCCCUGAAAUCUAUUUUGCAAACAGCUGUAGCUAAUUGUACCGAGGAUGAGAAGAAUCUUACGUUGUGUUUGUGAGGAUUAACGACAAGGACAUGUGAUCUAAAAACCAUGCUGGUGGUGACGGUGACUGAUCCAGACCCCUGGUCAACACUGCUGGGUCAAAGGAGGGUAGUGUGUUACGUGUUUAUGUCAGACGAGUGUGGGGGCGGUCGGCUCAGAAGUUAACUAGAUUACACCAGUGAUUUUAACUAAGUGGCAACUUAGGUGUCACUGCUCAUCUGGGAUCUGAUGUUGUGGUCUGGACUCCGAUGCUGUAAUGAUGGUCACAUGAUGGCACCGGCGCAGUUUAACAGCAUUUGUGUUUGUCAGAUUACCUGCCAUUUGACAUGUUUUGGUCAGUCUUGGAAUCAAAGGAAAACAAUUUUGUACUUUGCAGGAUCUUCGCAUGAUCACUUAAUGCUGCUGUUACAAUAAAAGUAACUUCCUGUCA